AUGACCAUUGAGCCAGUCGCCUGUCACCACCACGACGACUGCCAAACUGCUUCUGCUACUGCCACUGCUACUGCUACUGCCAGCACUCAGAGACACGUGGACAGCCAGGGCGGAUCGUCGCCUUCGAGCAGCAACGGUAACGCCGCAAGGUCAUCGGUCGCUGCCGCCAAUUCACAUCCAAAGCUGGUCCCGCGGCCUCAGCCGGCGCCGGUCUCGUCGGUUACUCAGCCGCUGUCGCAUGGUUUCAGCGACGCGACAACCCCAACCACAGCUGCUCCGGUCCUCGACCCUGAAUUGUCCAUCCACCCGACACUGAGGAGUCCUGGCUACGUUCCCACGCCAAAUAUGAUGCCAAGCGGUGCUCAACCUCCCCCCGAGCAUCCCAGCGCGGUUCCCAUGCCGCCAAACUCGUCCGCUCCACUUGAUGCCGAAGACCCAAAUGCAGACGGACGGAAGGCCAAGCGGGAGCUGUCGCAAUCAAAGCGCGCUGCCCAAAAUAGGGCUGCCCAGCGAGCAUUCCGUCAACGCAAGGAAGGUUAUAUCAAGAAGUUGGAGCAACAGGUUCGCGAGUUUGGUGAACUGGAGCAACAUUACAAAAACAUUGAAUCAGAGAACUAUGCACUGAGGGACCGCCCCCCGAACGUCAAUCUCUCUGUGCCCCCAAGUCAUGGCCUUCCUGAACAACCGGCACCUGUGCCUGCACAAGAGGAUGCCCCUAUGACUGAUCCUACGCCCAACACCGGGGCCGCUACCGGAGCAUCGACACUAGACGCCGUUGCGCAAGCAGUCCAGAGCCUGAGCCGGUCCGAGGCGGCAUCUUACAAGACCGAGCCGACAGCGGCUGAGUCGCAGGCUGCGGAGGACGCACGCACGGCAGAGGAAAUAUCGAGACAACUGCAGCAAGCGGAAGCAGUUCCGGCGGCUAACAUGUAG